GGAAAUGAUUGCUUAUAAAGAGGGGUGUGUUAGACCGUCAAAAUCCAGUCCGAACUUUACCAAAAACUUCGAGAACAACCCCCUUCGUCUAAAAGAUAACCAUUAUCGGUCAAUUGAUAAUUGAUGGCUCUUCUUAGAAUUCUUCUGUGUUUAUUUGCGAUCACCAUAUCUUUAAAUGAAUCGGCACAUGUUCUCCAGAAGAGGAGCUUCGUGCAACUGGGCUGCAUGGGAAUGUUUGAUCGUUCGAAAUUUGCCCGCUUGGAUGCCAUCUGUGAAGAGUGUUACGAACUAUUCAGGGAUCCCGAUAUUCACAGCAUGUGCAGGGCAAACUGCUUUAAGAAUUCCUACUUCUCUAAAUGCAUUGAUGCCCUUCUACUAUCAGGUGAACAGGAAGAAUUGGACAACUCAGUACGACAGCUGUACGGGAAACGAAAAUGAACAAAAACAGUCACAGAGAACUGAGAAGUGUUGUACAAUGGAGAGCUUAAACUCGAUUUAAUUUAUUCUAUUUUGUUUCAUUAUUGUUUCUGUACUUUUUGUUGAACAUAAUUUAUAAAUUCAAAAAGACAGCUACCAACCGCGUAAGUACAUCGUCGCCAAUAUAUUGUUCGUACGAAGUCAAUGACGUCAGCACUACUCACGCGUGUUGCCAAAUACGUUUUUAUCUGUGUUAUUUAUUGAAUCUCAAGACAUAUUCGACCUUACAUCGUUAUUGAUGUACGAUUUGUAAUAUAUUUUUAUUUACAUUUGUGAUUUUAUUGUGAAAUAUAAUAAUUUAUU